AUGGCAAGCUCAAGUUCUAAUCCACAUAUCACACUUGAAAUCGAAGAAGAAGAAUACCCAUACCCAUCACAUGUUUGUGCUCCCAAUUUUGUUACCUUUAAGCUAAGUUGUAAAGAUGAGUAUCGUAUUUGGAAAACACAGACGCUAUGUCUCUUAAAGAGUCAUGCUAUGCUUGGUUUCAUCGAUGGAACACUUGUAAGCCCUCAAAGGAUUGUUUCCGGGAAGGAGAAAGUGGGUGACCCUAACAUUCACUGGCUGUGGACAAGAUCUGAUUCUCUUGUCAAAGGUUGGAUUCUUGGUUCACUCUCGAAAGAGACACUCGGGUGUGUUUUGGAUCGUCUCACAGAUCAACAGACCGAAGCAGAUUGCAGUGCAAUGGAUGUGUGGAAUGAACUGCAGACAAUGUAUGGUCAUGCUGUUCUUCCACAACUGCCUCCUGUUGUUGCAGAUAAACACGAAGAAGAAAGAGCAGAGGCUCACGAACAUUUGGACCGUGCUAUUCGAUCAGGAGAUUGGGAUUUAGUUCUUGAAACAAAAAGGAAACACAAAGUUACUUCCAUAGAGAAAAUCACCAAUAAUGGAAACACAGCACUCCAUGUAGCAGUGGGCACUACCCAAAAGCCACAAUUCAUAUUAAACCUGCUUAAAUUGAUACCCGAGAACGUACGAUUGUCAGCUGUGCGGAAUUCAGAUGGUAACACCCCACUUCAUGUUGCCGCUAUUAUUGGCUACACUGAAGCUGCUAAGAUCUUGGUGGAAAGAAACCGAGAUUUGUUGUUGGCUAAGAACAAAGAGGGUCACACAUCACUAGCCAUAGCUCUUUCCGGUAUGCAUACCGAAACAUCUCAUUUUUUGCUGGUUCAGAUGAAUACUGACAUAGAGAAGGAUACAUUGUUUUACGGCACAAGUGGUGACGAGCUUCUGGUUUCUGUUAUUUCUUCAAAGAAUUUUGACUUGGCAAAUGAUUUGAUGAGGCAUCUCAAUAGAGUGGAUACUGACGCUGUGCUGAUGGCUAUAGCUCAGAAUUUCCCAUCUGAACUUAAUAAAAUUACAUCCAAGAGCUUGUUGCUGUUUGUUACUUACAGUAUUAUUAGGGGGAUUUUUUAUUUGAUUUUUCUUUUCCCGCGAAUCCUUAAGAUGUUAGUGCGACCAUUUAUUAUAAAGAGAGUUCAAGUUCAUGCUGAUGCUAUGGAGCUAUUAGAGACAGUAUGUAGACGGAUAAAACAUAAAAAUGACCCGAACUCUUUCCAUCGAUGUUAUACAAAUCCAAUUUUUGAAGCCAUAAGAGAAAAUGCAUACGAGGUUGUACACUGGAUUGUGCCUUUCUUCAAAAAUGCAAUUUGGAGUACCAACAAAGAUGGCCACAACAUUAUUCAAUAUGCUGUGAUAAAUCGCUCCGAAAAGGUUUACAACCUGUUAUAUCAUAUGAGCGAUCAUAAGAAUAUUUACAGAACAAUCAAGGACUCUUCUGGGAAUAACCUAUUACAUCUGGCUGCAAGAUUGGCACCUACCAACAAACUUAAUCUCAUAUCGGGAGCAGCUUUACAGAUACAAAGUGAACUACAGUGGUUUAAGGAAGUCGAAGGAUUUGUGUGUCCACUAAACAUCAAACAGAAGAACUCUUUCGACGAAACACCUCAAAUGGUAUUUACAAGAGAACACAAGGAGUUGGUGAUUGAGGGAGAAAAAUGGAUGAAGGCAACUGCCGAGUCCUACACUAUUACAGCUGCAUUGAUCACCACCAUUGUGUUUGCAGCUGCUAUUACAGUGCCAGGAGGAAACAAUCAAGACACUGGGAUACCACUUUUUACAAACCACACUGCCUUCACAAUAUUUGCAAUAUCAGAUGCCAUAUCAUUAUUCGCAGCUGUUACUUCAUUGUUAAUGUUUUUGUCAAUUCUCACUGCACGUUUUGCUGAACAAGACUUCCUCUUCAAGUUGCCGACAAAGUUGAUUAUUGGUUUGGCCACCUUGUUCAUCUCAACCACAGCCAUGAUAAUAGCUUUUGGUGCAACGUUGUACCUUGUAUUUGGUCAAAGAAACUCAAGAAUUCUUACACCAAUAGUUGUGUUGACAUGCCUACCAAUUACUUCAUUUGUGACUCUGCAGUUCCCUCUAAUCAUAGACUUGGUGAGUGCCACGUAUGGUCGCAGGAUUUUUGGUAAGAAAUAUGUUGCAUAUAGUAAGGAUAGUUUAGAAAGAAUGAAACGUCCCUUCUAUUAA